AUGUCGGAGGAAAAAUUCAAGUCCGUCACGGUCUCCAAACCGAUCCCAAACACAUAUGACUUGGGUAACUUGUCCACCUUCGAUCCUAACCCAUUGGAGAAUGACAAGUUGAACGACCCAGAGCAGAAAGAGGCAUACUUGGCCUCGGUCACCAGAGACAACCUCCAGCUUCUAAUCAACCAGGUUUUGUCGUUGCCUAUCAAGACCACCACAGAAACACACGGAUCAUCUACCGGUCAAGACUCGACCAUGACGCUCAUACAGUUGCCCGAACCAUCGACACCUUUGCCAAGAGAGAAGGCUAUUCCUAAGGCUAAGGCAGCCACCAAAUGGGAGCAGUUUGCUGCAAGAAAGGGAAUUAAGGCCAAGGCUAAGGAUGGUAAGAUGGUUUACGAUGAGGCCACAGGCGAGUGGGUGCCUAAGUGGGGUUACAAGGGUAAGAACAAGGAUCUUGACAACCAGUGGUUGGUUGAGGUUGAGGACAAGGUGAAGGGCACGGCCGAUGAGUUGGUCGACCCACGUAAGUUGAGCCGUGAUGAGAGAAAGAGAUUGAUCAAGAAGAACGAGGCCCAGCAUAAGCGUAACGUUCGCAACCAGGGUUAA